ACAACUUUAACACAACAGUUAUACGACACAAAAUAAACUUUAAUCGAAAUGAAAUAGGAGUUACCUCAUGUGAAUAAGAAAAUUGGUUUCAUAAUAAUAUACAAUAUAUAAUAAAAAAAAACAAAUGCUUAAUAUAAUGAGGAACAGUGAAUUGCUCAGCCACUUUGGCGAUAAGUGAAGAGAGAGAACAUAUAAUGGUCUGCAAAUGUUUUUGUCUGGGGAUGAUGGUGGUGGCUGCCAUCACAUCGGUGAAGGGAACAGCGGAGGUGAUGAGCCAUGUCACCGCUCACUUCGGGAAAGCUUUGGACGAAUGUCGAGAAGAGGCGGGCUUAUCGACUGAUGUCCUGGAUGAGUUCAAAAAUUUCUGGAGCGAAGAUUUCGAGGUGGUGCAUCGAGAACUUGGCUGUGCUCUGAUCUGCAUGUCGAAUAAACUGUCCCUGCUGCAUGACGACACCCGAGUCCAUCGGGUCAACAUGCUCGACUACAUCAAGAAUUUCCCGAACGGUGAGGUUUUGUCAGAGAAAAUGGUGACACUUAUCAAGAAUUGUGAGAAACAGUUUGACAACAUCAAGGAUGACUGCGACCGUACAGUGAAAGUUGCAGCCUGCUUCAAAGCUGACGCCAAGAAAGAAGGGAUCGCCCCUGAAGUCGCCAUGGUAGAAACAGUUAUAGAACUCUAUUAA